GCCGGGGCGGGGCCUGGCUGGGGAGCGGCGCGUGCGCGGAGCGGCGGGAAGAUGGUGCUGAUCAAGGAGUUCCGAGUGGUUUUACCUUGCUCAGUGCAAGAGUAUCAAGUUGGGCAACUUUACUCUGUGGCAGAAGCUAGCAAAAACGAAACAGGAGGCGGGGAAGGAAUUCAAGUCUUAAAAAACGAGCCUUAUGAACAGGAUGGCGAGAAGGGACAAUAUACUCACAAAAUCUAUCACUUAAAGAGUAAAGUCCCUGGGUUUGUAAGGAUGAUUGCUCCAGAAGGCUCCCUGGUGUUCCACGAGAAGGCCUGGAAUGCAUAUCCCUACUGUAGAACAAUUGUGACAAAUGAAUACAUGAAAGAUGACUUCUUCAUAAAAAUUGAGACCUGGCAUAAACCAGAUUUGGGAACAACAGAGAACGUGCACAAUUUAGAUCCAAACACGUGGAAGAGUGUUGAGGUUGUCCACAUUGACAUUGCAGAUAGAACUCAAGUAGAACCAGGAGACUACAAAGCUGAUGAAGAUCCUGCAUUAUUCCAGUCAGUUAAGACGAAGAGAGGACCUCUGGGGCCGAACUGGAAGAAGGAGUUAGCAACCGAUGAGGAGUGUCCCAAAAUGUGUGCUUAUAAAUUGGUGACCAUCAAAUUUAAGUGGUGGGGACUGCAGAACAAAGUCGAAAACUUUAUACAAAAGCAAGAAAAAAGGAUAUUUACCAACUUCCACCGCCAGCUGUUCUGUUGGAUUGACAAGUGGAUUGAGCUGACUAUGGAGGACAUCAGGAGGAUGGAGGAUGAAACCCAGAAGGAGCUGGAAGCGAUGCGUAAGAAGGGUUCCGUUCGAGGCACUUUGGCUGCGGACGUCUAGAGGAGUUCUCUGUAGGUUCUGAGGCAAAGCGAGCUGUCUGCGUAACCAAGGCCAAGUGAGAGGAACGAGUGCUGCCAAUGACGAGUGACGCCGGACGGACGCCGAUGCCGGAUCUUGGCUGUGUGUGUGGGUGCAUGACUCUGUAUAUAACUACACACACACAUGCAGACAGAAGGGGUGGUUACAGUGUCUCUGGGUGCUAUACCUGUCCUAGCAAAGAUUCCGAGGAAACUGCUUUCAUUAUGUAUACCCCAAGCAAAUAAAAAAAUCAACUGAGUAGUGUCAUUUAAAGGAUGAAUUUUGCUAACUGGUAUGUUCAUGAAUGUCAAUACUGGACCAAUUUCUGCCCUACUUGUUUUUCUCUCCUGUCCGAGUCACUCUUGCUCUAACUCGCCCAUCUCAUUGUAAAGGAACACUCAAACAAGUUAAUUUCAGUUUUAUGUCUUCCCUAUGUGAUGAGUUUUUUGGAAUAGGAACAAUGAAUGUAUUUAUAGCUAUUUAUUUCUGGAUUGUCAUUAUUCUCUAGUCAAAUCAAAAAAAAAAAUUCUGUUAGUGGAAAUUGGAAGACUUUUACUGUUGAAUAAGUUUAACCCAAACUUUACCCACUCACUGAUUUAAAAGAAAAAAAAAUCAUGUUUUAUUGGACUUUUGUACAUUGAAAUGCUAACAAUUUUCUUCAUUAAAAUUGGCAAGAUUAAGGAAAAA